AAGGGAAGUGACGUUGCCUGUCGUCAGGUCUGUGUGUUGAUGUUUUGUAGAAGCUGGAAAGCCUGGAGGACGGAAAGAGAGACCGUUUGUUUUUGUUCUCCGAGCGCAGGAGCUCAGAGCGACUUGGAAUAUUUACUUUCGAAUUUUCUCGUAAUAGUUUCAAGGAUAACAAACGAUUUAUAAAAGUUAAACAACUAAACAACACAAUUAGCUAGCAACAUCAUUCGCUGAAAAGGAGGAAUCGUCACCCCUCUGACCCCCCUCCCUAAUAACAGACACAACCAUGACGAUUCUUCCGAAGAAGAAACCGAGCUCGACAGUCGGAGUGUCGGACCAUCCAGACGAAGCAGAUCGGAGGAGCGGUUCCGACCCACAUCAGCAUCCACACGGGGGUCGGGCAGGAACGAGGCCUCGGGCCUCUCCGCCACCCUGGCCGUACCAGGCCGCGCCACCCUCGUCAAGGGAGGACAGACGAAAUGAAGCAAGCUCCCGGCCACAACAGGCCUCCCCUCCGCCUGUAGGAUCGGGAUCGCCUGUCGGUCCAGUGGAUGGAAGUGGAAGUGGCGGUGUAGCAUGUGUCGCUGGAGGACGUGGGGAACUGUCAGGUGGUGUAGGCUGCGGUGGGGGGAUCGGAAGUUGUUGUUCUGGGCCCGGUCUCAGUAAAAGGCGACGGCAGGCGCCUUGCGCCGGUGGAGUGGCCGGUGGAGGGGCAGUCGGUGUAACUGGGGGAGGUGGUGGGGGUCCCAGUCCUGACACCGAGGAAGGGGCCGGUUACAACAGUGAGGACGAGUACGAGAAUGCAUCUAGACUGCAGUCAAUGGACCCAGCAACAGUCGAACAGCAGGAACACUGGUUCGAGAAGGCCCUGGGGGAGAAGAAAGGCUUUGUGAUUAAGAAGAUGAAAGAAGACGGAGCGUGCCUCUUCAGAGCAGUCGCCGAUCAAGUAUAUGGAGACCAAGAUAUGCAUGAAGUGGUCCGAAAACACUGUAUGGACUACCUGAUGAAGAAUGCAGAUUACUUCUCAAAUUAUGUGACAGAAGACUUCACCACAUAUAUCAACAGGAAGAGGAAAAGCAACUGUCACGGGAACCACAUCGAGAUGCAGGCAAUGGCGGAGAUGUACAAUCGGCCUGUGGAAGUUUACCAGUACGGUACAGAACCAAUCAACACGUUCCAUGGCAUCCACCAGAACAACGACGAGCCAAUCAGAGUCAGCUACCAUCGUAACAUUCACUACAACUCUGUGGUGAACCCCAACAAAGCCACCAUCGGAGUUGGCCUGGGUCUACCAGCCUUCAAACCAGGGCAGUAUGCAGACCAGUCACUAAUGAAGAACGCCAUCAAAACCUCGGAGGAGUCCUGGAUCGAGCAGCAGAUGCUGGAGGACAAGAAGAGAGCCACCGACUGGGAGGCGACCAACGAGGCCAUCGAGGAGCAGGUGGCCCGCGAGUCCUACCUGCAGUGGCUCCAGGACCAGGAGAAGCAGGCGCGACAGCCCCGGAAGGCCAGUGCGACCUGCAGCUCAGCCACUGCGGCUGCAUCCAGUGGUUUGGAGGAAUGGAGUGCCCGUUCCCCCCGACAACGCAGCUCCGCCCCCUCGCCGGAACACCCGGACCCUCCUCACUCGGACACGGCCACCAAGCCCCCCUCCCCCGCCGGGGCAGCCCUCAUGAUGCCCAAACCCCCAUCACCCUGCGCUCCAGGUCCCAGUAGCCAGUCCUGUGUGGGCCCAGACAGAGCCUCUUCCUCCUCCCUUGUGUCUCUGUACCCUGCGCUGGAGUACCGUGCCAUUAUGCAGGAAAUGUCACCCACUGCCUUCGGCUUAACAGACUGGGAAGAUGAUGAGAUUUUGGCUUCCGUCUUGGCGGUUUCACAACAAGAGUACCUCGAUAGCAUGAAGAAGAACGCAAUGCACAGAGAGCCUUCCCCAGACAGUAGUUGAUAUUGGGGAUGGGGUGUUGGUUUAAAAAAAAAAAAAUCAACUGGGAAGUGACAGAACAGGAAAAAAAAAAACACAUUUUUUCUCAGUCAUCAUAAUAUCUUCCAAUCUUCUCUUUUACUCCUCCCAUCUCUCCAUUCUCAGACUCUCUUCACUCAUCUAUACAGUACCAUCGUAAUCAGACCCCAUCCCCCCUUCCUUUAUAAUACCCUUGACACCAUUGGACUUAUUUAGGUGCAUGUUUAAAUAAACACAACGAACAUCAUCAUAGAAAAAAAAAAAAAAAAGAAAGAAUAAAAAUUGUAAUAAUGUCAUACUUAUCUUCUUAAUGAUUAAUUAAUAUAAUUUUGUUUUAUUUUAUUUUCUCUUUUUUGGGAUGAAAAAAUACUUGUUUUUCUUGGAAUAAAAAAGAAAACUUUCUGAAGAAAAAAAAAAGAA